AUGGACCAUAAUCGAGGGGACGUCCCCGCUAUCACUCUGACGGAUGCCUCGCCUGCGCAAUCGCCCACCAAGGACUACAGCAGCACGUUUAGCGACAGCAUCCAUUCGAGAGUCUUGCCCGCGCGGCCUGGCACGCCGGGCAGCAGGAGCGGUCAUGGUACGUUGUCACUCACCUACCAAUGGAUAGUAUCGCGUGUGGAGAACAGAACAGCUACUUGCAUGAACCACCAUCCUGCACACUGCAGCUGACCAAACCUGUCAGCACGAAACGACUCCUCGAGCGCGUGGCCCUCGCCCGGACGACUGAUUCGAACGCUUUCCAGCCAUGCGCAGGCCGCGAGCGGCACGCAAAAGGACGAUGCGAAUACCGCCAAACAUGAUUCCCCGCCGGCGAUUGAUCCUCUAUCACAGGUCGGUGCCACUACCGUUACAAGACCAUGCAUGAACUGCAACCCCGAUGCUGACUGCAUUAUCCCGAAAAGCAUAUUCUCACGCGCACCAAUGCGCCUCUCAACCUGCCCAGCCGACCGCGAACGUCUGAUAGCGGGAAUGCGAUCAGGGAUGAUAAGCAAGAUAGGUCGCGCGAGCACAGUCCUGCGCCUGCCGUCCAGGAGCCCCUCACGCGAACGGACACCAUCGAGAGCACGAACAAUGCGACGGCCGUGCAUCGGGAUCUCAAGAAGGGCGUCAAGGCCGUGUCGUUCCUGAGCCGGCUCAUGGGCAGCGCGAAGAGGAAGGAUGCGGAAGAGGAGCCGGUGGACGAUGAGUCUGCGACGAGCGAGGGUCGGCCGGAAGGGAACGAUGCGGAGGUGUUCGCGCAGAGGAUGGAUAAUAUGGGCUAUAGUCCGCGACACCCGCAGCCUCCUGCGUAUAUCAAGGUUCGCGCAAAGUUCAAGAAGGAAAAGGACUUUGAUCGCUUGUUUCUGGCGCAAGAGCUACAGGGCAGUAGACCACUGGCCCCACUGGAGAGGACGACAAGCGCGAAUAAGUUGAGGAGGAAGAGCUCGGCGACUCCCUCGGGCGACCAGACCGUGUGGGCGAUGGAGUUUAGCAGAGACGGCAAGUAUCUUGCGGCAGCUGGCGCUGAUAUGAUUGUCCGAGUGUGGGCCGUGUUGUCGAGCGCAGAAGACAGGCAGAAGCACGAGAGUCAGGAGACCAAUGACUACGACGGUCUGGAUGCGCGCGCGGAGCAUUUGAGUGCCCCCGUCUUCCAGAGUAAGCCUGUGAGGGAGUACAGCGGGCACACUUCGACUGUUCUGGACCUGAGUUGGAGCAAGAAUAACUUCCUCUUAUCCUCUUCCAUGGACAAGACGGUGAGGCUCUGGCACGUUACCAGGGCCGACUGCCUGUGCACCUUCAAGCAUACCGACUUUGUGCCAUCGAUAUCCUUCCAUCCCAAAGACGAUCGCUUCUUCCUCGCAGGAUCGCUCGACGCGAAGCUCCGACUCUGGAGUAUUCCCGACAAGAGUGUGGCAUAUGCCGCACAGCUCCCGGAGAUGAUCACCGCCGUCGCGUUCACGCCCGAUGGCAAGUUCGCCAUGGCAGGCUGUCUCAACGGGCUUUGUAUGUUUUACGAAACCGAAGGCUUGAAGUAUCAGACUCAGAUCCACGUACGUUCCACGCGAGGGCAGAAUGCCAAGGGCAGCAAGAUCACCGGCAUCCAGGCACAGUAUGGAGCCAGUGGAGACGUCAAAGUCCUCAUCACCAGCAACGACUCACGCAUUCGACUUUACAACUUCCGUGACAAGAGCUUGGAGCUCAAGUUCAGGGGCAAUGAGAACAAUUGCAGUCAGAUCCGAGCGAAACUGAGCGACGAUGGGAGAUAUGUGGUGUGCGGUAGUGAGGAUCGCAAGGCGUAUCUCUGGUCGCUGCAUCAGACUCAUGGGGAGAAGCGAGAUCGAACUCCGGUAGAGAUGUUUGAGGCGCACAACACCAUAACGACAGCAGUUUGCAUUGCGCCGACGAAGACGAGGCAGCAUCUCAGCAGGUCCGAGGAUCCCGUGUACGAUCUGUGCAACCCUCCGCCCGUGACAUUGCUCAGUCGAGCGGAGCGCGCGGAAUCGCGGGCUUCUUCCCGACCGCCCACCGAGAAUGGGAGUAUCAGAACUACUCCCCUCGAUGCCGAGGGCACGUUUCAGAGACCCAGGGAGCCCGCUAGCUAUCUUUCAAGGUCUUCCCACAAGGCAGGGAACAUCAUCGUCACGGCAGACUAUAGCGGCAAGAUCAAGGUCUUUCGACAAGAUUGCGCAUGGACGAAGCGGCAGAGGGACGAGUCGGACCGGUCAUCUCUGUUCGGCAAACGGAGUAGGGGAGUCAGCAGGACGGGAUCGCUGGCUACCAAAGCGAGUCAGCGAAGUCUUAGGGAUGCUUCCAGGACUUCGGCCUCGACACAGGCGCCUUCUGACCGGAUUCUGUCCUGGAGACAAGGUAUUAAUAGUACCGGCAGUAUCAACGAGAGAGGGAGUGUGUCGUCCAAGGACACCAGUCGCAGUAUCUCGCCCAGGAAGUCGCUGGAGCAGCGUGGCAGGAGGGACAAACCUGGCAGUGUCCGAUCCGCGCAUCCCCUGGCGGCGGAUUCCAUGGUCCGGUCGCCCUCUCCGACGAAGCGAGACACGAGCAAUAAUCAAGAAGCAACUUCGCGCUCUGAUGUCGACGACGAAGCGCAAUCCCACAGAACCAGGCCCGAGGUCGUGAACCCCCUCUCGCAGGAAGGCGAUCGAUCGUAUGUCUUCUGGGACAAGAAGUGGUGGCAAGAACAGGCGGAUCAACGGCGGAAGAUGCGGGAAUCGCACGAUCACCUCGCGCUUCCUGCUCCUCCUGGCGACACGAGUCCGGGGCAUUCUUCGACGGAUGAGGAUCACGAGCACGAUCAUCUUGCUGUCCGGCCGCCGUUGAGGCAGAUCCCGACUGAUGUGAGUGAGUUGAGUGAUGAGCGGAGUAGCGUUGAUGGGACGGACGAGGAGCGAUUUUCGGAUGCGAGGGAGGAUGGUGGUGGUGGUGGUUAAGGGGAGGAGAGGAGAUGAUGAAGUCGUGUGGAGGGAGGGUUGGGGGGCAGGAAGCGAGCGGUUUUUGUCUCGUUUCCGUUUAUGAGUGUAUAGUGAUGGUGAUGACUGUUUUGCAUAGGGGAUUUGGGACGGAGGUGGAGCUGGCAUUUGGGAAUGGGGAUGAAGUGUACAGAAUUUUCUUUCUUUCGAAGGGCUUUCAUUCCAGCUGUGGGAUAUCUAUCUAUCUAUCUAUCUAUCUAUCUAUCUAUCUACAUGUAACCUAUUUCUCCGCCUUGUAUGAAUUAGAAUUUAUCUUAUAUCUAUCUUGGGAUGUGACCCCUGGGCUUAUGACUCGCAACCGCAACCGCGAUCGCUCUCCUCCACACUCCGCCAUAACCUCACUCCAUCCUCACCCCCCGCAUAAAGAUCAGAUCAGAUCAGACCCUACAGGUGCAUCGAUCGGCGCUAUCUCCGCUUUCCCUCCCCCCCCCCCCCUUCAACGACAGAAUCUCACAUCAUCGCUUCGAUUUCUAGGCGAAUGAUGACGAGAUUUUUCGAUUGAGCCAAGAAGGAACCAGUCUUGGAGGAUCCUUGUUUGGCCAUGCCAUGCCAUGCCAUGCCAUGCCAUGCCAUGUAUUAUCGGGUUCUUGUUCUUCUCCGUAGGCAACCGAGUGGCCGGUCCCUGCCUGACAUGAAUCGAUGGGUUGGUUGUUCUUGCUGCCUGCCAUCGCAAACGAUUCCGACUGCUACCAGCAUCACAUCCGAGUGGCGGAUCAGCAGUUUGACGACGCCGGGCGCCGUUCACAUGUCACGCUCCAGAUGCACGGUCCGGGGGGGGGGGGGGGGGGGGGGGGGGGGGGGGGGGGGGGGGGGGGGGGGGGGGGGGGGGGGGGGGGGGGGGGGGGGGGGGGGGGGGGGGGCCCCCCCCCCCCCCCCCCCCCCCCCCCCCCCCCCCCCCCCCCCCCCCCCCCCCCCCCCCCCCCCCCCCCCCCCCCCCCCCCCCCCCCCCCCCCCCCCCCCCCCCCCCCCCCCCCAUCCCACAUAAGUCAAGACUUGCAUGCAUCGAUCGUGGUACAGAGAGACUAAACCGCAUCUCGAGACAACCACAACGCCCCGUCCGACAACCAAACCACAAUCCCAGCCUCGGGCAAAGUCAUCGACGUAGACCUCACCAACAACCACGCCACCCUCCAGCAUCGCUACCUCAACCCGGCCUCCCCCAUCUUCUCCACCGCCCAGGGCAGCUUCCAGCGCCUCCCGACCGGCCACGUCUUCCAAGGCCACGGCUACAUCCCCAUCCUCGAAGAAUUCUCCCCGGAAGGCCACAUCCUCUCCACCAUCCAAUUCGCCACCGCCGUGCCUCACAUCAUCGGAGCUGACGGCGAAGGAGGCGGCUUCGUCUCCCCCGCAAUCCCCCCGACCUUCUCCUACCGCGCUUUCAAGCAGCCCUGGAUCGGCUGCCCCACGACGCGGCCUUCCGUCUCUGCGGAACGCAUCGGACCCCCGGACGCGCCGCGUGGCACGGCGGUGUAUAUCAGCUGGAAUGGCGCGACGGAAGUGGAAGCGUGGGAGCUCUAUGGGGGCAUUGAGACGGUGUCGUACAUUGACACUGUGAAGCGGACGGGGUUCGAGACGGUGGCGAGGAUUUCCAGCGUGGAAUUUGUGCGCGUGAAGCCGGUGCUGAGGCGUGGUGCUCCGGCGGAUUGUGGGCAGGGUGUCGUGUCGGAGUUGGCGUUUGUGGAUUGA